AUGAAUACAACAACAGGACAACAUAACCAUUUACAGCAAGUCGGUGCGUCCUGGGUCGGCAAUGAUUCUGAAAACCCAUUUGAGACAGCGUUCACUAAAAAGGAACGAGUCCUUUUGAAAGAGACAUUUCAGAAGCUCGAUGAUCCCAAGGAUAUUGUAGGAUUGAUAUUCGUCGAUAUAGUGAACGAUAUAGCACCAGAACUCAAAAAGGUGUUCGGAGUGGAACGGGCGCCGAAGGCAGGUAUGCUCAAAAUGCCAAAGUUCGGUGGCCAUGUAGCGCGAUUUACUGAGCUGAUAGAACAGACGACGACAAUGCUUGGCUUUACUGAGAAUUUGUCUGGAGCAUGGCAACUCGUACGAAAGACCGGACGUAUCCACGUCAAACAAAGUUUCCUCGAGCAGAAUCAAAAUCAACUCGAAAAAAACUACUUCGAUGUUGUGCUCACUACAUUCAUCGAGUGUUUCAUACCUUACCUUACUGGUGAAAAGGUCAUUCCCGUUGAAGAGGGCGGCGAGAAGAAGAAAGUGCGUUUUGCUCAAACAUAUACUCCCUCGCAGAUAACAGAUGUAUGGAAAAGGCUCUUCAGUUUGAUUUCUGCUCAAAUGACUGACUCCUUUGAAUUGGAGCGGACAAAACAGCGAAAUGCUCAAAGCCAGAAAACCCUUGCUCCUCAUCAACACGUGGAAGAGUCGGAAAGAAAGAAGAAACGGAUACAGGUGCAAAAUUUGUAG